GUAUGUCUUAAAUACCACAAGAGAGAAUCAAGAAGUAGUCUUGUGAUGGGUGUUUUAAACUGUUGUUUAUCUGAAAAAAGUUGAUUAAGUCUUAAUUGAGCAUGUGAUAAGUGGUAGUCUCCCAUGUUGAGGUUAAAAUGAAAUAUGUGUGUGUUUUUUUAGAUCAUGAAUCAGGCAGAUAAAAAUCAACAAGAUAUCCCAUCAUACCUUAGUGACGAACCACCAGAAGGAUCGAUGAAAGAUCACCCACAGCAGCAACCAGGCAUGUUGUCCCGUGUGACUGGCGGUAUUUUCAGUGUUACAAAAGGAGCUGUUGGUGCCACCAUUGGUGGUGUGGCUUGGAUUGGUGGAAAGAGUCUGGAGGUGACCAAAACAGCUGUUACAACUGUGCCUUCCAUGGGAAUAGGGCUGGUGAAAGGGGGCGUGUCUGCUGUGGCUGGAGGUGUUACAGCUGUUGGGUCUGCUGUUGUAAACAAAGUGCCCUUAACAGGAAAGAAGAAAGACAAAUCUGACUAAAACAUGGAGAUACAUUUGCUCUCUACAGCAUUAUGAUGCCAGUGGCAUUGAAUUGCUAAAUUAUGGACUACAACUAAGUCAACUGUUUUGGAUGUUUAUCUUCUUAAACUGCUGUGUUGAAAGUAUUGAUGACUGGCUUUCAUCUAAAAAGAAGAGACCAAUACUAGCACAGUGUAUGAAGGUUUCUCAUACUUAAAUUCCAGCUUUUUAUCUGGUAAAAUGUUACACUUAUCAGCUGUAACUGAAGAUAUAUUUGAGUAUUUACUAUAAGUCUUUUAGUUUAACUAAAAAUGUGAAAGUUGAAUUUAGUGGAUGACCUUUACAAUUCCAUAUGUAUAAUGUGCCAGGUAACACAUCUGUCCCUUAAAAAGGGAACCUUGAACUACAUAAACUGUAAUUUUGAUGUGCCUACUAGUUUCAGAUGUCUUAGUUUUUUUAUAAUGAUAGUUGAUUAGGCCAAGAGGCAUUCUUUUCUUAUUUAAGCUGGUAAAAGUAGCAAGAUUUAGAGAAAUUUAAAAGAAAAGAUAAAGGGUUUUAUGAUCCUGAGUGUUAACAUCUUUUGUUAGAUAUACAUUAUAUUUAUUUCAUCAUCGAUGCCUUACAAAAGAAAACAUCUUUUCUAACGCCCUCAUUGUGCAGUUCUUAGCAUUAUAUAUGGAUUCUCUUAAAAGUUGUAUCAGAUCAGUUUUCCCUCUUUAAGAAUCUCAGGAGUCUUGGGGUAAAAGCAUUUCUUGCUCUCAGCAGAUAAGGUAGUGGUUAACUUUUUGUUAACUGCCUGUAGUUAGGACCAACAAUAUGCUUGAACCUGGGUUCAUGCUCCAUCAUCAGUACACCUCACAGUGCCUAAGGAACAUGUCGUUGCUAGUCAGAAGCUUUGUUGGAAGAGUUUCAGAUUAAGGAGGAACAAAUAAAUAAUUUUCAGUUUUUUAAAAUUA